CAUAUUUCUUUGUCAUAUAAUAUGAUCUGGCUUUCCUUAUAUCUGAAUAAACCAAAUGCAAUUUGCUAAAAAUGUGAUUUAUCAGCAUAAUUUCCUUUGCUGUUUGAAUGACAACAAAAAACCCUGACUUGCUAGCAACUUAUGAUUCAGUUCAGGAAAGAAGUUAUAUAGUUCACAUUUGGGUUCAUUACCUGUCCACUUUAAAGAGCUUAUUUUUCCUUGAAUGAGUCAGUUUGAAGUGCAGAUUUGAAAUAACUUGGAUUAUGAAUGUGAUUCUGAAUGAUAUAUUUUCUGGUACCUUGGAUGGUUGGAUUUGUGCCAGCUACCGUGAAAAUAGCAACAAUUUUAAUAGAAGUAGAGGACAAUAAAACAAGAGUGAGGUGCUGAAGAAAUAGAUGACACCUGCCUUUUUGUAGAAACUAUGAAAUAGAUGAGAACAAAGUAGAGAAUCAAAAUAAAGCAUGGUUGCUUGGUUGAACUGGCUCAAUUGGUUUAUCAAUAGUAUCAUGUUAAGGUAUCUCCUUUUGGCUUUUGGUCACGAUGUCGAGUUUGGAGGAGCCACUUGGUUUUGACAAGCUUCCUAGCAUGAGUACUAUUGAUAGGAUUCAGAGGUUCUCAGCUGGUGCUUGUCGUCCCAGAGGAGAUGAUAUGGGCAUGGGAAGCUGCUGGAUGGAUGGGAGGAGUUGUAGCACAUCUAAUAGCUGCGAUGAGGAUCAUGAAGAAUAUACAGGGGAGACAUUCCCAUGGAGAAGACAUGUGAGGGAUGUGUCUGAAGGAGAAGCUUUUAACCAAAGGGCUAAAAGCUUAAGCAAGAAUAGGGUGAAACUAGGACAUGUUUCUAAAUCAAGGAACUGGUUGGAUCAGCAGUAUAGCUCCAAGUGCAAUGACAGAGGCAUACGGAACAUAACAAACAAGUUCUUAAAAGGUAUACCAAAGUUUGUGAAGAUAGUGGAAGUUGGUCCGAGGGAUGGAUUACAGAAUGAGAAGACUAUUGUACUAACGUCUGUGAAGGUUGAAUUGAUUCGAAGAUUGGUGUCUUCAGGAUUGCCUGUUGUUGAAGCUACAAGUUUUGUAUCUCCUAAAUGGGUUCCUCAGUUAGCAGACGCAAAAGAUGUGAUGAAAGCAGUUUGCGAUAUAGAGGAUGCUAGAUUGCCUGUUCUAACUCCUAAUUUGAAGGGCUUUGAAGCUGCAGUUGCAGCUGGUGCAAAAGAAGUAGCAGUCUUUGCAUCUGCUUCCGAGUCUUUUUCUAAGUCAAACAUUAAUUGUAGCAUUGAAGAAAGCCUAGUGCGCUACCGUUCCGUUUGCCUUGCUGCUAAGGAGCAUUCAAUUCCAGUACGUGGGUAUGUUUCAUGUGUGGUUGGAUGUCCAGUGGAGGGAGCAAUUCCUCCGUCCAAAGUGGCCUAUGUGGCAAAGGAACUUUACAAUAUGGGUUGUUUUGAAAUUUCCCUUGGUGAUACAAUUGGAGUUGGUACCCCUGGUACUGUGGUUCCCAUGCUUGAAGCAGUAAUGGCCGUUGUUCCCGCUGAAAAGCUCGCUGUCCAUUUCCAUGACACUUAUGGACAGUCUCUUUCAAACAUUUUAAUCUCUCUCCAGAUGGGGAUUAGUACAGUAGAUUCCUCAGUAGCUGGAUUGGGUGGCUGCCCAUAUGCACAGGGAGCUUCAGGGAAUGUUGCUACUGAAGAUGUGGUGUAUAUGCUUAACGGCCUCGGUGUGAAAACCAACAUCGAUCUGGCGAAGCUCAUGUUGGCCGGUGAUUUCAUCAGUGAUCACCUGGGUCGUCAAUCUGGUUCGAAGACCGCCGUUGCACGGUGCCGGGUAACAACUGAUGCUUCCAAGUUAUAAUAAUUAAAUACAUG